AUGUCCAGCCUUGGGAUCGCUGGGUUGCUGGUCGGAGAGAGUUUCGCGACCACGUUCCUUCGUCAUGACCAGAUUUUAACAGUCCAUCUCCGAGCAGUACAGAGUCUACCACGCAGUCCGCCCAAGCGGAUACGAGAGAAGAGCAAAUCCCGAAAUGGAUCGGUAGUCGUCGUGGUCAUCAAGAGCCAAGCCAAGGAAGCUAAGCGUGACAGAAAACCGGCCAUCUGUGCUGCAGCAGCAGCAGACAGCACCGCGCCUCGACUGGACUUUGGCCACGCCCACGCCCACGACGACGACGCCAUCAAGGAAAACUUUGACGUCGAAGCCCAGCAGCUGAACAACACUCACACCACUACCAAAACUGCAAAGAACAAGAAGAAGCACUCGUCGUCGAAGCUCCGCAUCAAGGAGCGUAGGGAGCUCUGGCUCAUCACGAUCCCCGCGAUCGUCACGUCCGCGGGCACCGUGGUGAUUGCCGUCAUGAACGUCAUGAACUUCAAGAAGUGAAUCAUUCACUCUCUCCCCCCCCCUUCACCUGGCCCUGCGACGAACUUUUUCAUAUCUCCUGUCCCUCUUCCUUCCUCUCAUCAGCCCGCUCCCCUCUUCUUUUUCGCCCCCCUUUAUGUACAGAUAAUAGAUGGACACGGAGGAGGAAAAACAGCAGGGACAAAAACGAAGUCCGAUCAAAACAAGGCGUAGAGUGUUCCCCCUCUCCCACGUACAUCUAGCUGCAGCACAAUAGCAGUGUGGUCUGAGAAGAGGGGGCACGCGGUGGUCAGUCACCAUCGGUUUGCUAGCAUCCACUUGUCAUAUAACGUUAUAGAUAGCCAGAAAAAGCAGCGUAUACACGAACGAAUGAGCUUCUAUAUCUCCCCCC